CGACUGAACCGUUUGACAACAAGUACACAAGAUAGCCGGUUAAUGUUUAACCGGACAGUUUUCUGGGCCUGCUUUUUGUGAACAGGUUAUGUGGGGACUUGAACGCUCGUUUAUACGCCCACGUUCGCCACUGAAAUAUCCAGAACCGGUUCAGAACCGAUUACUACUGUGAAGGAAAAAGCGUUUAUUUUUGUUAAAGAAUUAACGAUUCUUCAUUUAGUUGGUGAUAUAAAUCUAAAAAAGCAUUGUAUGAUAGCACUAUUCCUACACCUGUUCAGAUGUCUUCCAAAGUUUCUGUAUAUUAUGCGUUUCUGUUUAUGAUCAUUGUGUUGCGAUACCAGCCCAGAGAAUCCAGCGAAGGAAAAGGUCCACUUGAGAGUACUUGUGAAUACGAAACACGCCAACUGUGCCCCGAAUGUUUCAACAGACAAUCUGGAUGUUGGCAUGCUGACCAACUGUUUGAAACGCAGCACGGAAGUUGGUUCAACAAAAUUAAUAACCUCAUGCACGCGCACAGCACUACAUUGGGCACGUUUCGUGGCACGGAACGUGCUGUUAUGAAGACACUGAACCGACACAAAGCAGUUGAAUCGUUGCAGCGUAAUUUUUGUGAUACGGUACUGCAAAAGAUACCAUCGACAGGGUCACCUGCUGUUUGCAGCUGGUUUUUGACGGGCAACUCGAAAGAUAGUGCGAUGUUUCUUAAGAAUGAUAUCCUGGACACUAGACGUAUCGAGGGCUGUAUUUUCUGCCCAGCAAAUGGUAACCGAGCUUCGUUACAUCGUUUUCUACAUGCCAUCGACCUAGAUCGGACAACAGAACUUUGGAAACUGCUCGCAGUUCGCACUAACGUUGAACCUCUAUUAUUGAAGCUAGCAUCUAAGCACAAAGUUAGGAUGCCGUUUCCAAAAUUACUUUAUUACUUUGGAUUCUCAUUCAUCGAAAGCCACGACGGUGAACCAUUGAGUAACUUUUACAACAGCCCGCUUCACUUACGCAUGCUGAUUGCACGUGAGCUUAUAAAGGUUGCAUUUAUCACAACGGAAGGAAUCGACGGAUUUAGAUUUAUUCUCACGGAUUUAAGUCCCGAUAACAUCGCUGUGAAGAUCGAACAAGACCAUGAAGCGAUAGCCUUGUCCAUUGUUGACCUGAACAAUGUUAUAGUGAUAGACAGUCAUGCGACCACAUUUGAGACCGAUCGACAUCAUGUGCAUAGCAGAAUAGAGUGCGAUGGAUGCUUUGCGUACUCCCAAAACGAUGUUUGUAGUCAUCGCACCAGUGACUUAAACUAUUUCGCCAUAUGUCAGUUGCUUCUAGAAAAUCUUAAUGGAAACACAGCUGCCGGGUUUCUGCACUAUGAUCAACAAAUCUUACGAAAUGAGUCAGAUGAAAGUACAUCACAAGUACGGCUGCUGCACACUUUUCUUCACGAAUGUGUCUACUGUCAACCACCGUAUUGUCGUGAGCGAUCGGCGAUUCUUGAGGACAUACUGAAUGUCUUGAAUCAAUGCUUAUCUUGACAGCAUUAUUUAACAAAUUUCUUGCCGUUGGCAGUCCGCUUACCCCUAAAUUGGCGAUCGGUUUUCUCGUCCUCCGCAAGUGCUUGUACAUUUUGGAUAUAUUCACGCAAUUCCUUAAGCUCACACAUAGCUUUCUUCGUGAGCUGACCUUCGGGUGUGGUGGGAUGUUCGAACACAAGCAUUCCGAUCGCUUCCUUCAGAACACUCUCGGCCUUAUGUAAAUUU